GUUUGUGCAACAAAAAUAAAAAUGAAAACCAACACAAAAAUACACCUCUAUAUCUCUGUGUGCCUUUUGCUGAUUCUUUUGCCUGCAUUUGCAUCUUCUACCUUUUUAUUUCAGAGAAAAUGAUCAAAAACUCCCAAACUUUUACCUCAAAUUUCAAUUACACACUCAAUCUUUAAAGAUGAUCUAUUACCCGAACUAUUUUAAAGUAAAAUUAUUAUACCCUGAACUAACUAUUUUAAAGUGGAAUUAUUACCCCGAAAACUGACAACCAAUUAUUUGAAAUAUGGUAUGAUGCACGCACUGCCACGUCAUUUUUUCCUUUUUUUUUUACUCUAAAAAAAUUAAUUAUUUAACUUUAUUAAUUUCUUUUUUCUUCCUCAGUUUUCAUUUUGCUCAAUUUUUUUCUUCAACCAAUUUAUCUUCUUGGGUCAAAAAUAAAAUUCUAGAGAAAAAAAUGACGGAUUAAUGAAGUUCUUGAAUGAUGGAUUAAUGAAGUUCUUGAAUAGCGGAUUAAUGAAGUUCUUGAAUAGCGGAUUAGUGAAGUUCUUCAAUCCAAUUUCAUCUUUUUUUGCUCAAGAUUGCCAUUAAUGGUGAAUUCUUCCCCAUUGUGGAAAUUCAAAGUUUUCAGCUUGCCACUAAUGACGGAUCUUGAGCAAAAAUAGAGAAAAUCAAAGAAAUGGAUUGAAAAUUAUACGUGGGUUGUGUUGGAAAUUAUAUAUGGCAUUGUGAAAAUUCGAAGCUUUGAGCUCGCCAUUAAUGGUGAUCUUAAGCAAAAAAAGAGGAAAUCGAAGUUCUUGAAUUUUUUCAAGUUUCUUGAAUCGGAGUUCCCCAACUUCUUCAUUCAAGAAUUCAUUAAUCGGAGAAAUCUUAUUGUUUCCUUAGUUCAAGUGUUUCUUGGUUUCGAUUUCGGAGCAAAAAGAAUUUUUUAGUUUCGGAGAAAUCCAUUAAUGAGGAAGAUAAGGAACUCCAUUAAUGAGUUCUUGAAUUUUUGUUUUGAAAAAGAGAAGAAGGCAUGACAUGACAAUUAAAAUUCAUUAAGAAAAAGUAAUAAUUAAAAUAUUUAUUAUAUUAUUAAAAAUAAUGAUGUGAAAAUUAGGAAAAAAAGAAUUUAAAGUGAAAUGGGAUCAACUGACGCGUCCAUGAGAAGGUGUAGUCACGUCCAGUGACAGGUUAAUAAUUGGGGGUAAUAAAUUCGGUAAAAAUAAGUUUAGGGAUAAUAGAUCACCUUGUGUAUAGUUGGAAUUUCAACUAAAGGUUGGGAGUAAUAGAUCAUUUUCUCUUUUUUUAAUAAUAAAACAGGGAUUUAACUGGGAUUCUUCAGGGCAAGAUGGAGGAUGGUGGAACCAUCUUAUCAAAUUAGUACCAGAUUUGGCUGAUGCUGGUUUCACUCAUGUUUGGCUUCCCCCACCCUCAAAUUCCCUUGUAAAUCACUCCCAAGGUACUCAUACAUAUUUUCAAUUGGCAUAAUAUAUAAAUAGACACCCAAACUUGCCUCAGCUGGUAAGUAAGUCCUACAACUCGUUCUCACUGUGUCUCUUGGAUACUCAGCUCUGACGUGAUACAUAAAUUUUGAAGGUGCCUAGAGGAUCAAUUUGUACGAUGAGUUGUUAACUGACACAGUGGAGAUAAGUUGAGGUGUCUAGAUGAGCGUAAAACGAUUACUUUUGUCUUCAAGGAAUAGGGAUCAUAAGUACUAAUAUACAUUGAUUUCAACUGGUCAAGUAUUUCCAACGGUGUGUGGACCUUUCAUAAUUUGCUUGCAAACACUUAAUAUUUCUCAAAUUGACAGGGUAUAUGCCAUCAAGAUUGUAUGAUUUGGAUACAUCAAUUUAUGGCAAUUCGCGAGAGCUUAAAGCGUUAAUUAAGGCGUUUCAUGAUAAAGGGAUCAAAUGUCUUGCUGAUAUAGUUAUCAACCAUAGAUGGGCCGAAAACAAGGACAGUAGAGGAAUCAACUGUUUAUUUGAAGGCGGCACCCCUGAUAAUAAGCUGGAUUGGGGUCCAAGUUUCAUUUGUGGCAAUGACACUCAAUUUUCUGAUGGCAAAGGAAACACGGACACUGGCUUAGAUUGGGGAGCUGCACCGGACAUUGAUCAUGUGAAUCCGCAAGUACAAAAGGACUUAUCCGAAUGGAUGAAUUGGCUCAAGACUGAAAUUGGUUUCGAUGGUUGGAGAUUCGACAUGGUCCUAGGAUAUGCACCUAGGUUCACUAAAAUCUACAUGGACAAUACUAAACCUGAUUUUGCUGUUGGAGAGUUCUUCUUGAAAUUUAAUAACAAACCGGAUGGGAAACCGGAUUAUGAUCAGCACAGGAAUGAUUUAGUUCAUUGGGUUCAGAAUGCGGGUGGAGUUGUGACAACUUUUGAUUUUACGACUAAAGGAAUUCUUGGUACUGCUGUUGGCGAUACAAGAUUUGAUUUGUUGAAAGAUUCUAAGGGAAAUCCUCCAGGGAUGAUUGGUCUUUUGCCGCAGAAUGCUGUGACUUUUAUCGAUAAUCAUGAUACGUAUUCGCAGCAGCAGUGGCCAUUCCCUACAAAUCCAAAUGAUAAAGUUACUCAGGGAUAUGCCUACAUUUUAACUCAUCCUGGCAUUCCAUCAGCGUUCUAUGACCAUUUCUUCCUGUUCCAAGGGAUGAGGAAGCCAAUUAAAGAUUUGUAUGCAGUUAGGAAGAGGAACGGGAUUUCAUCAACAAGCAAAGUGAGGAUUUUGGCAGCUCAAAGUGAUUUUUAUGUUGCAAACAUCGACGACAAAAUCAUCGUCAAGAUUGGACCUGGCAAUGUUGGAAAUCUUGUUCCAUCUAAUUUUCAAUUGGCAACAUCAGGGGUUAACUAUGCUGUAUGGGAAAAGAAGGCAUAAAGUUUAUAUGGGACUAUCCAAUCUGAAUAUUAGUAGUAGCAUUAGUGUUAAAGAUGCCAGAACUUGGUUGACAACAUCCAGAAAAAUAAGAUAUGUUUCUGUGGAUCAUCAUGAAUCUCAAAGGAAAUUUUUGUGCCUUGUAUUGAAUUGAAUUAUAUGAAUACACUAGGUCCAUUCCAUUGCA